AUGGGUAACAACUCGCAAAGUGCUCUUGCCAAUCAACAACAACAUGAGCUUCAACAACGGGAGCGUGCGGAAGCAAUGCUGAGAGAAUUGCAAGAACUGGCACUUGAAGGUGAACGAGUGGAAGCUGUCCUUCCGGGGGAGGCUUCGGGUGCUUACCAAGCUUACUACGACAGCGUAUGUUGUAAAAAGUGGGAACCCGUUCUAUUCGGUGCUUACACUACUGCUGGCGCCGCAGGAUGUGCCUGUAUCGGAGGGGCUUUGUUGAAUCCUUUGACCGCUUCAGUUGGUGGCGCUGUGGGGAUGACCGUCGGAGCUGUCGAAGCGGCCAGUGCCAUUUCGGAAAUCGAGAAAGCUUUGAAGUCAAGUCUCCCGAUGCCUACUAUGGAAGAAUACCGAGUAAAGUCAAAAUCGUUUGGCAACCUAGCCGAGUCCGUCUUUAGUAGAAAGCAAGCCUCAUCGUACGUAUAG